AUGUGCAUCCGAGACGUACGCAUCUAUACAUGCCUCGGCGAGGAGGAGCGCGACGUCAAGACGCACGUCGAGAAGGUCAAUAUUCUCUGCGCCGCCCUCGAACCCUGUCCCGCCGACCUCUGGGACCGCCGCGAAACCCGUCAUCCCUACGGCUGCCCCUCAUGCACCGGCCGGUCGUCUCUCGUCACGCCCGCCGGCCUUCCCGACGUUGUCGUGACCUGGACAACACCUCGCGAUGACGACGUUGAUGCCCAGUUUGCCGACCGCUACGCCAGUGACUGGGCCUCGUACAUGCGGCCCCUCAUCGGCUGUCUCCUCGCCCACACCUGGGGACCCCGUGGCGCUCUCUCCUGGGACGACAUUUACGCCGCCUACGCCUGGCUCACGCGCGAGACGGCCUGCAAGGAGCACAGCCACUGGCUCAACCGCUGCCGCUGCGACGCCAACGCUUCCGACGUCAAGCGGUUCCUCUACAACCCCGCCAUCGCCUUGCGCACCAUGGCCGCCACGCGCGCAGGCCAGCCGAUCCGCGACCUCGUCUACCGGCGCGACGCCGUGCACCCGAGCCGUCAUGCAGAAGUCAUCGAACGGGCGACUGCCGAGGCGGCGAGCGAGACGCGGCUGCGCAGGGAGCAUGCCGAGCGCAAAGAGGCAUUCCCGUUCUUCCGCGACGGCCGGGUGCGGUGCCAGCCGUACUGGGAGGCGCAGUUCAAGUUUCGCACGACGCUGCUCGAGCACCAGGCGCGCACGACGCUCCUGCUCGAGGACAGAGCGUCGCGGCCAUGGCACAGAGCGUGGGGCGAUGAGCCGGAGAUGCUCGACAUGGAGGCGCACGACAACGGGGUGAGGACGGCUGUGCUGCGGUACCUGGGCCACAUGAUGGUCGAGGACAUUGGGCUGUCGGACGCGCGGCUUCAGCUCGUGCUCGAGCGGCUCUUCGAGGUCGUGCCGGCGCCGACGUGGCUCGUGCAGCAGAAGAGCGACUGGUUUCGGCGAGAAGACGGUCUACCAAGC